UUGGAUGGUAUCAAAAACAUUUCAAUUGUUUCGUAAGUGAAUCAAAAAUAAUAAUCCAAAAAUGAAAUCUAUAACACUUGCUGUGUUUGUAAUUGUGGCUUUGGCUGCAAUUGUGGUUUAUGCUGAUGAAGAAAAAUAUUCUAGUAAAUUCGAUAAUAUCGACGUUGAUUCUAUUCUUAAAAACGACCGUUUAUUGAAGAAUUAUAUGGAUUGUGUUGCUGGAAAAGGAAAAUGUACUCCAGACGGUGAAGAAUUAAAAAAACACAGCAAAGAAGCUCUUGAUAAUUGUUGUGCAAAAUGUACCGAUAAACAAAAGGAGAUUUUCCGAAAAAUUUACAAACAUUUAGAAACCAACAAACCAGAAUUACUUGCUGAACUUAAACAACAAUACGAUCCAACUGGCGAACAUGAACAGAAAUGUAAAUCACAAUUUGAAGGAACUACCAUUGUUUACGCUCAAGAUGGAUAUCCAUCAACUGGUUUGAAUAUCGAUGAAGCUAUUAAAAAUCUUGAUCUAUUUAAAAAUUAUAUUUCAUGUCUUGAUAAUACUAGACCAUGUUCGCCAGAAGGUGAACAAAUCAAAAAAAACAUAGGUGAAGCUGUAGCAACAUGCUGUGCAAAAUGUAAUCCAAAACAAAAAGAGGAAUUUAGUAAAGUAUACCGACAUUUGGCAACAGCUUUACCAGAUGGAUUAGAUCGUCUUCGAAAAUUAUACGAUCCAACUGGUGUAUAUGAACCAGAAUGUAGAAAACAAUAUGCUGAUGUAGCCCGUUUCCACAGUCUCCGAGUGAAUCACCAGGUCCAAUCAUGGCUUGGAAAAUACAAUAAUCCUGAAUAUCGGGGCUGGAAAAAGCAUGGAAACAUUUGGAUGCCAAUCCAAAGUUCGAAGUGCUCCACAGUGUGCCUCUAUUGCUCUGGAGAAACCUGUACCAACAUUAUGGAAGUAACAAAAUUAAUGGAAGAAAAUGAAUUUGAAGAAGAAUUACCAACGAUGACUCCAACUUUAACUCCUGUCAUUCCUCAAACCUUCACAUUCGAUGUUGAAUUACAAUCUGAGCCACAGCCUGGAGAAUCUAAGCCACAACUUGGAGAAUCUGAACGACAACCUGGACCAUCGAAGAAGAAACAGUUAAUUCGUUUUUUCUACAACAAUAUUCUAAAUUUUAUUACAAUGAAAUUGUUAAUUGUGAUUGUUGCAUUAGCUGCCAUUGUUUACGCACAAGAUGGAUAUCCAUCAACUGGUUUGAAUAUCGAUGAAGGUCUUAAAAAUGCUGAUCUAUUUAAUAGUUAUAUUUCAUGUCUCGAUAAUACUGGGCCAUGUACGCCAGAAGGAGAACAAAUAAAAAAUAUAUUGGGUGAAGUUGUAGCAACAUGCUGUGCAAAAUGUAAUCCAAAACAAAAAGAUAUUUUUCGUAAUGUAUACAAACAAUUGGCAAAAACAUCACCAGAUGCAUUAGAUCGUCUUCGAAAAAUAUACGAUCCAACUGGUGCAUAUGAACCAGAAUGUAGAAAACAAUUCCCUUAAAUGUUAAAAAAUGAAUCAUUACAAAAUAUGUGAAUAAAACAUCGAAAAGAUUUGAGGACAAAAAACUGUUUUUGUUUAAAUAAAAUUU